AUGUCGGUCACGGUGCAGUCCAAGUCGUCUGCGCCUGCCAAGGUGGCGCCGUCGUCGCGACAGAAUCAUCUCUACUGCGAAGCCCCCGCUUGCAGCUACGCCUGGGCCCAAGACUCGAUCGAGGACGUCGAGAACAACGCUCGCUACGUGUUUGUUCGCAUCGAGGGAGUGCCCCACGUGUCGUACUUUUGCGCGUCGUGUCACGCGGCCUUGACCGACGACGAGAAGCGUAAUGUGCCCAUUUUCAACGACAACUUGGUCAACUCGGUGAGCCUCUCGCGCCUCGAGCGCCUCGACAGCUACCGCGUCCUUUUGACCAACGUCAAGACGUACAUGCUACCGCUCGCCUGCAUUGUGCUCUUCUUGCCGAUCCUGGGGCCACUGCUUGCGUUCGGGGGCGGCCGCUGUCGGCUGCCAGCGCGCCUUCGAGAGCUCUGGCCGCACCUUCCAAAAGGUCAUGUGGGCCUCACGUUCUUCCUCCUCUCUACCACGUACGUUGGCAUCGCGCUCUGCUUUCCUUUUACGAGCCAGUGCGUUUUUUGGGGCCUCCUCGAAGGGUACAGCGUUCUCUUUAGCCUCGUCAACAUCCUGACCCACACCAACAUCAACGGCUACGUCAACGUGUCCGAUAGCCUCCGUCGUAACCGCAACCCGUUCAUUCAGCUGCAGUACGCCAUGUUUCGCGCGCUCUGUAGCGGCGGGGUCCCCGUACUCGGCUUGCUCGAGCUGCUCUUGCUCAUUAGCGCACCACCACUCGCGACCGUUGUCUACUCGAGCUCCAAGCGCCUCACCGACCCGACGGAUUUGAACGCGCUCUCGCUCCUCGACAGCACGACGCAGGAGCCAAUCGACCCCAGUUUCCUUCCCGGCGUGUUUGUCUCACGACCAAUCCAGCGCCGCAUUGUGGGCAUCAUGGGCUGGCGACGCUUUACACUCCUUCUCGGACUCGUUGCAUCGGUCGCCAUCAACGGGCUCCUCACCGCGUCGUGGGUGGGCGGUGUGAUUCCGAGCUUUGACUUUGUCGUGCCGGGGGCGUACGCUCUUGUGAGCUCGCCAGCCAACGCCAUGUACGGUAUGUCUGGCGAGCUCGCUGCCCGCAGCUGUGCAUCGACAACGAUCGGGCUAUCGACGACGUCGUCGGUGGUGUGGAACUUGGGAUUUGAACCGGCGCCGACGGUGGAUGUCGGUCUCCCGCUUGUGACCCUUUUCUUUUCCAACCAUGAGAGCGUGCCUGUGCCGUUUACGGUCGAGACAGCGUGGAACAUCCAGCUCGUCAACCAAAGCGGCAGCCAUGCGACGUUCUAUCCGCUCCCGAAAGAAGCGUACUUUAGUUUGCGUGCCAACUUUGACGGCGACUGCACCGCCGUGCGCGCGCUCCGCCCCGUCGCGACCGUCUACUAUGCCACCUCGUCGCUGCAAAUGUACGUGGCAGCACAGACGCUCGACGUUUCGAUGGUGUUCUUUCCGGUCUUUCUCUUGUUGAAACAAAUUGCGCAGUGUGGCGUCUUCAGUAUAUGCAUCGGUGGUCUCUCGGGCCGCAUCUGGGCGCUCUGGAUCAAAUUUGACUCGAUUUCGUCGGUCGGCCUCUACCCCCACUUUGGCACCACCCCGCUUCAGGUCGACCUUGGCUGCCGCACCAACCUCAUUGCGUGGAUGGCCGUUCGGCGCAGCGUCAUUGGGGCCACCCACCUCUUUACGAGCUUUGUCAAGCCCUUGUUAUCGCUGGCACUCGUCCAACUCGCGAUCGCGUUUGGGGGGCUCCUCGUGUAUGCGUUGACGGGGACGGCGCCCAUGCCAACGUACUUUUUACUGGUCCUUGCCGUCGUGAGCUCGAUCUCGACGCUCGUGUUUUUAUACCCGCUCUCUGAGGCGAUGGAGAUCCAAGCCAAUCACGGCGAUAUGCUUCGAGAGGUGCAAUUGCAGCACCUCCUCAAGAAAGGCGCCAACGACACCGAUGAUGGCGUCGGGGACCUCCUCGCUGUCUACGUGGAUAUCGUUGACAACCACGACGACCGGAUCACGUUUUGGGGCACGGAGACGUCGAAAGAGAAACUGCAAGGUCUCGUUGUCACGCUCGCGUCCGGCCUCUCGUUCAUUGGCUCCAAGACAGUACAGUACGAGUGGUCCACGCUCAAUCCAUAUUACGAUUACGUUGGCAACAACAUUCCCCACUUGUAA